AUCAUUGAUAACGAUAUAAAGCAUUUGUUACAAAAAUAUUGCAACAUCUCGAAAAUGAGAAGCAGUGGUUUAGUUUUGUUCGCUUGCGCUGGAUUAUUGUUGAGUGGGGGCGCCAUAUUGGGCGGAUCUACAGCUUUCACCCUGCUGCGCAUGUCGUACUACUUUUGGACAACAGACCUGGGCGUUGAGCUCGGUUCUAUCGUGCUGUUCAUCACGGGCGCUUUCCUCUGUCUGCCGUCGUGCUGGCUCGCCACAUUGGCACCGUACCAUAGUAAAUCCGUAUCUAUUCUGGCUACGCUGAUGCUGUUGUUGACGACUUCAAUAUUGUUGCUGUCGACGGGCAUGUCGGCCAUCACAGGCCUGUCGAAGGCAGUACGGGAGCCGGGCGCGCUCAAUGCAAGCAUGCUGCGCGCUAUGGCGCAUGAGUCUGUUGACCCGGCUGUUCGGACCGCCUUUUCCGCUAUGCAGAUCGAGCUAAGAUGUUGCGGCGUGCAGUCAUACGCAGACUGGUACCAGCAUCGCAGAGUGUUGCCGCCUUCCUGCUGCGGACGACUUUUGAAUGGCAAGAAUGGGGAGCAGUGUACCAGUCCGAUGCACACAGGAGGCUGCUUGCGCCCAGCACUCGCUGAGAUUAGGAUGUUCAUUAACUCGGUCUGUGUACUCGCUUCCGCCAUCAUCAUCGUCAUGGUAUUCAUUAUAAAUCUUUGCAAACUCUUUCUUCAACCCAAUUUCUUUUUCUCUCAGUCUUUAAUGAUAAGGACAUGUUAUGCGGUCGAUAGAAAAUUAUGAAAAAGGAAAGGUCAGAAGAUCAUCUUAAGGAACAAGACAGUCAUGACGGAAACUAGUUGUUAAUUAAAAAAGUCUAUAAGCCCAAUUGAAUCUCAAAAAUAUUAACCCUUCUGUCCAUGGUAAAUAACUGACAAGAAAAAUAUCAGAACGAUUACUUUUUCGGAGUUUAUAUUUUCAUAGGCCUCAACAUUAUUUACGUCGGCGUAUACAUUGGUGUCUAAUGCAUUGGAGCGUAAGGAGUCCCGCGCGCUGAAGAUUUCUCAGCCGCUGCGCAUCGCCUGUCU